UGUGAUCAGUCGGUUACUGGAUAUCGGAGAUCACAGUCAUGGAGCGAAUACCGAGUAACGAUUUUCUGGAGUUCAAUCCCAAUUCCUUACAAUAUCUACGGGAACUGUACAAUUUGCAGAAUCCGUUGAGGUUGAAGGAAGCGAUCAAUAUUCUGGAAGACUGGAUUAAGAAACAGGAGCAUUUUGUGAAGAAACAAUAUCCACGCGAUUAUUUAGAGCGAGGGAUUAUUUUGGGAAAAGGGUCUAUCGAGAAAGUCAAAAAUAAGUUGGAUGUGCUGAGUACCUACAGGACUUUACUGCCGACUUACUUCGAGAUGUUCGACCCUGAGCCCUUAAAAGAAACGGAUAUGUUGCUAGACACUUUGUUACCAAAGAUGACAGAAGACCACUACAGAGUGUAUAUUCUGAAAGUCACCCAAAAAGACGGAGAGAAAAUACCAUCAGAUAACAUGAAUUUUUAUAGAUGUUUCAUAGCGCUCUGCGAAUACAUCCAUACAUACGACUACUGCAAUGGCGUAGUGAUGAUCUUGGACUACACGGAAGCGAAUGUAAUAGAUAUCGCUAAAACACUCGAUAUCCUGCAAGUACAUCAAGUUAUUAAGAUACUAGUGGAAGGUUAUGGAUUAAGAUUAAAAGGCAUUCAUAUCGUAACUCCUUCAAAACUUGCUAACGUAAUCGUAGCGUUCUUCAAACAGGCAACCAGUGAGAAAAUUGGCCGACGUAUAUUUUUACAUAAGACUUUCGACACUUUAUACGAAUCUAUCCCCAAAGAUAUUCUGCCUGCUGAUUUAAAUGGACAUCAAAAAUCUUUAAAGCAAAUGCACAUUGACAUGAUUAACUCGUUGAGCUCGGAAGAGUUUAGUGCACAUCUGGAUGAGAUGAGAGGAGCAUGUACCAACGAGAACUUCAGACAGAAGGACAAGUUCAACCACGACUUCAUGGGAACCCCUGGAUCCUUCAGAUCUCUCUGCUUAGAUUAGGAAUUAUUUAAAUUAAGAAUUACUUGGCACUUCAGGAGUUCCAAUAUUACCUACACGUGGAAAUUAACUUGAUACCUGCUUUUAUAAAAGUUUCCUUGGAACGAGGUGCCUAGUUAAAUCCUGCUUGGUAUUAUAUACUUAUAUAGUAGAACAAGAAAAUAUGAAAUUUU